UGUCAGAAAACUUUGCUUCCAUUUUCUGUACUAUUUGAAUUGUUGUUGGACGUCGGGGGAACCGCGUAUGAAUAUACAUCAAAUAAUAUGCCAUUGCUAAGGAGAUGUGCUAAAGCGCUGAUAACACAAAGCAUGGUACCGAUAAAUGGUGCAGCACGUAAUGUUACGAAGCAGAUUUUUCAUGCUAGCAAAUAUAAAGGACACUGCAACAAAACACAAUACAAGAGUCCAAAUGUCAAGCAACUCCCUGUGCAUGUACGUGAAAGAAUGCAUGAAACGGAGGACAGAAAUGGAUUUAUCCCAAAUUUUCUUCAAGUAUAUGCCAGACGACCGAGAGAAUUUAAAGCUUUCUAUGAAUAUUAUGAUGCAUUGAUACACAAAGAAGAGGGAAACUUGACUAGAGCAGACCGAGAAAUGGUAGCUUUAGUCACAAGUUCAAAGCUGAAGUGCCUGUAUUGUGUUGUUGCGCACAGUGGGCAACAUAGGAAAUAUUCAAAUAAACCAGAAUUGACGGAACAGCUCAUCGCAAAUUGGGAACAUGCUGAUUUAACAUCUCGCGAAAAAGCGAUCCUCUCUUUGGCCUCUACAGUGUGCCAUUCUCAGGAGGUAACGGAUGAGUAUUUUAAAAACUUGGAAGACCAUGGUCUAAAUAAGGAAGAUGCUUGGGAUAUUGCAGCAUUAGUUGCAUUUACCACCAUGACCGCACAAAUGCUGUCAUUUAUUCAUGUUCAACCUAAUAGAGAGUUUUACAAAAUGGGCAGGAAUGGAAGAUAAGCUGAGAAGCAAUUUUCAUAUUAUUCAUAGCAU